AUGAUAAGCACCGAGAGCCCCGGAGGAGGAGGAGAGGACGGAGGAGAGCCGCCCUGCAUCCGGAUGGAUCCUCUGAGCAGCACCCACCUGCCGGGCAAGGCGACGCCGACCGGCGGCAGCCCCAAGGUGACGGCGAACGGGGUGCCCGACAUAGAGGACCGCAUCCUCAGGAUCACCGGCUACUACGGAUACAACCCGGGCUACUCCAGCCACAGAAGAGAGGAUGGCUCCGAGUCUCAUGCAGAGACACCAGGCAGUGAGACCAGCGCAGAGAGCCAGUCCAACCAGACCUGCAAAAACAUGGCCCUGAAGGUGCUGGGUGGUCUGCUGGUGGUGCUGUGUGUGUCAUCCUCCUGGGUGGGCACCACUCAGGUGGUGAAGCUGACCUUCCAGUCCUUCUCCUGUCCCUUCUUCAUCUCCUGGUUCAGCAGCAACUGGAACAUCCUGUUCUUCCCCAUCUACUACUCUGGACACAUGGUCACUACUCGAGAGAAGCAGACGCCCAUACAAAAAUUCAGGGAGUGCAGUAAGCUCUUUGGGGAGGACGGGAUGACUCUCAAGCUUUUUGUUAAAAGAACAGCACCUUUUUCAAUCCUUUGGACACUGACCAACUACCUGUACCUGCUGGCCUUGAAGAAACUGACUGCCACUGACGUCUCAGCGCUCUACUGCUGCCACAAGGCCUUCGUCUUCCUCCUGUCCUGGAUCGUCCUCAAGGAUCGCUUCAUGGGCGUUCGGAUUGUGGCAGCCAUAAUGGCCAUCACGGGUAUUGUCAUGAUGGCCUAUGCUGACGGUUUCCACGGUGAUUCCUUUGUGGGCGUGGCGUUAGCUGUGGGCUCAGCCUCAACAUCAGCUCUAUACAAGGUGCUGUUCAAGAUGUUUCUGGGCAGUGCCAACCUGGGAGAGGUGGCUCACUUCCUCUCCACCAUGGGCUUCUUCAACCUCAUCUUCAUCUCCUGUGUGCCCCUCAUCCUCUACUUCACCAAGGUGGAGCACUGGGGCUCGCUGUCCUCACUGCCCUGGGGAUACAUGUGUGGACUGGCAGGACUUUGGCUGGUGUUCAACAUCUUGGUACACGUCGGUGUGGUGCUGACCUACCCCAUUCUCAUCUCCAUAGGAACACUGCUCAGUGUGCCGGGCAAUGCAGCCGUAGAUCUUCUGAAACACGAGGUGAUGUUCAGCGUGGUGCGCCUGGCAGCCACCUGCAUCAUCUGCCUGGGCUUCUUGCUCCUGCUGCUGCCGGAGGAGUGGGAUUCGGUCACGAUGCGUUUCCUGGCCACCAUCGCAGACAAGAAGUCGGAGGAACAUGGCGAGGAGCUCACGGAGUCCAGCGUCCACACUCGCAGUCGGGCAAACGGCACCGUCUCCAUUCCCCUGGCGUGA